GCGGAAGUUAUAAGUGUCCGCCGAAAUCCGUCCGUGCGGGAGCAACAAUCACAUCCAAGAUGGAGAGCGUGAACGCCGGACACAUGAUGAGCUUAGCGGCUCUCCAGAGACAGGACCCGUACAUAAACAAACUGCUCGACGUUACCGGACAGGUGGCUCUUUACAACUUCAACUCCAAAGCCAAUGAAUGGGAGAAGACAGAAAUCGAGGGCACCCUGUUUGUUUAUUCGAGGUCUGCCUCGCCUCACCAUGGCUUCACCAUCAUGAACCGACUGAGCACAGAGAACCUGGUGGAGCCGAUCAACAAAGACCUCGAGUUCCAGCUGCAGGAUCCUUUCCUGCUCUACAGGAACGGCAACUUGGGUAUCUACAGUAUUUGGUUCUAUGAUAAGAGAGACUGUCAACGCAUCGCUCAGCUGAUGGUCAAGAUUGUGAAACAAGAAGCAGACCAUGCCCAGCGAGAGUCACCGGAGAGGGCAGAGCCACGGAGGACUAACGGUGUCACAGAAACACGACCCAUCGACAUCCUGGAACUGCUCAGCAAAGCCAAGGAGGAGUACCAGAGAGCUCAGACAGGUGAAGCAGAUGUGUGUGCAGAGCUUAAUAUGAAAGCAGCGAUCAGCGCCACAGAGCAUAUGCACAGCACACCACAACCUGAAAAGAGUUCUCACACGAUGGUGAAGCAGAUCACAGUUGAGGAACUCUUUGGCUCAUCCCUCCCUAAGGACCCCCCUCUGCCCACCAUGCCCACACAGAACACCACCACUGCUUCUAGUGACUCCUCCUCUGCUUACCUCCAGAGGCAAUCUUUUCCCGCUCCAGCCCACCAGAACCCACUCCUCCCUCCCCGUAUAGCAGGUCAAGAUCCCGGUUCAAAUCAGCGGCACCAAGCCCCUGGCCUCCUCCCAGCUCCAUACACGCUACACCCAAACCCUGUAUUCCAGUCAGUGGUCCCCAAGUCAGACCCCCAACCUCUGUGCUCGCUGUCCCCUCUCAUGGUGCCUCCAGCUGCCUCAGAGCCUCGCGCUGCUCCUCCCAGUCCUGCAGCACCGUCUGCAGCUCCUGCAGCCUAUUUGGGACAGGAGAUACUCAACACACUCAAACCUGCAGCGCCACCUGUGAGUUCGGACAUCCACAAACCCAUCCUUGCACCUAACUUCCUGCCCAGCACAUUGUUCCCACCUCACAGCUUCCGAGAGCCCAUGGGGAAACCUCUUCUCCAGCACGCCAAGGAGAUGGAGGUUUUCUCUCAGCCUCCAAACCUAAUCAAACCAAUGUCUGCUGUCCCAAUGAGUCCAGGUCUUGCUGUUCAAGGGUCGGAGAUUUCUGUGCUUCUCUCCCCCAGCGCCUUCCAGCAGUCAGUCAACAAGACAACAGCAGCAGCAUCAGUGGUCCCUCCUGCCCCCUCCGAGCCCUCCUCAACCUCUGUAGGAGCUGUAGAGCUUCCACGAACCCCCUGCAGCAAAACACAGCUACAGGAGACCCUGAUUCACCUUAUUAAGAACGACCCAGAAUUCCUCGGUGCCAUUCACGACGCUUACCUGCAGAGUCUGUCCAAGGACUUUAGCAACAUGAAGCUAUAGUCCACUUCCUCUCGGUGAUGCGACCCCUUCAUGACCUGUGAAGAAUCCAGAAGUUAAUGGGAGUUAAAGGAACAACAGCCUUUUGACACGCUGUGCACCGCAACUCUUCAGAGCUUUGUUCUGGGGGUUAUUAUUAGCAUGCACUGCAAUCCUCUGAGCCCGACUCAGAACCUUUUGAGUUCUCAUCUAAAUGCUGACGCCGUCCCGGCUACUUACGUUAUCUUGGACUUGACUUUUUGUCUGCUUAUAUCAAACCAGAACUACUCUAGAAGAAAGAUGAAACUUCUCAGCGUGGCCUUGAGUCUUCAUUUUUACUUUAUGAAUAAAAUCAUAUGGCCACAUACUGGUAAAGUUUAGCUCUUGGUUUAAUUCACUCGAGGACGGGACCACAGUGUGGAUCUUCUGCGACCUCCAAUCGUUUCACCUUUGACCCUGGGACAGACUAUUUUGCCGCUUGAACAUUGAGAAUCACAGACACUGCUCCCGCUUCCUCUUCCUUUUAAUGAUGUCUCGUGUUUGGAGUUUGGGAGCAGUGAUGACAGACUUGCACUCCUAUUGCUCAAUAAGAAAAAGACCACUGGGCUUCUGGGACCUCAGAACUGUUUUUGGGGUCUUCACAGACUAGAGACUCUGAACAUGCGUUCAAAGUUUUUGUGGCAUUUUGUGUUUAUCACUGCCUCUUUAAUGAGUAGAUUGUUGAGGAUUUUUUUUUCAACCCUUGUCCAAGGAAGAUAAAGAUCUUCUGUUACUGUUUUUGGAGAAGCACUUGCAGCUUAGAGCUCAAACUAAGAAUCCGUUCCUCGCGGCUGCUUUUAUAGCGUUAUGUUAGAGACUGUGACAUGUUCAUAAAGACACACCGACGAACACACAAACCAGCUUUUUUUUGCUACCUUCCCUACAUUUCUCCUCAUCCCUGCCCUCCCUCUUCACCCCUUUGUCUUUCUCCUGGUCUGUGUCAUUCAUCUCUCCUCCACCAGCUGAGCUCACAGUACUUGAUGUUCUUGGAGGGGAACGUGCAAUAGACGACUGUCGCAACGCCUUUAGGGAUACCAGCAUUUUGGGUUAUUUUAGGAUGGUACCGCAGAGCUAAGUUUAUCUGAACCUUUGGUUCUGCAACUGAACUCUAAAUUAAAUAUGAGGGGGAAAAAACAUACAAAAAAUACUAAAUUAAUUUUGGAUUAUUGUUUAAAUUCAUUCCUUAAAUAUCAAAUUGUUUAGAGGACUGAUGUGCUUGUCAUAGCUUCAAUAUGUUUCAAACCAGAUGAGUUCAUGCCAUUAACUAAUAAUGAAAAAAUAACUACCUCCAUUCCUGUCUUAUUUUUCCAGGUCACAGACACUUAAAGAUAAAACAAAUUAAUGUAGGUAUUUUUUGUUUUUUUUGCAGUAAAAGGCUACUGCAGCACAGAACUGUAAGCUCUGCAGUGGGAACAGGAAGAAGCACGUCUGUUUCCUCCUCAUGUGCAACUCUGAGUGGCUGUCGAUGCCGUUUAUGAACAAAGAAAACCGAUGUAAUGUACAAAUCCAAAAAUUAGCUUUAAAGACAGGUUUAUCAUGUGGCGUGUGUGCAACACACACAACAGGUUACUGAUUCAUGAAGCCUGUUGGUCAGCACAUACAACAUCAUUUAAACUAGGAAUAAAGUAAAAGCAUGAAAAUUUAAGUUGUACAGUGAUGUUUAAUGUCAGUAGUCAGUACGUGGACGAUCAGGCUACUUUUUCACAAGUUACCGCUCAGAUACUCUAUAUAAGCAAUCAGCAUACCGAGUCAUUUCAGAUGGAAGUAGAUGUUGAAAGUAGACGUUUUUCUUUACGUUUUGCAAACAACAUAAAUUUCAGAAAUGACGACUCUUUUUUGCAGAAAAUCAUGUAACCAACGAAGAAUUCUGAAUUUCUGCAGAAAUACACGUCUUGAUUGUGAUACCAUGACUUUGCAUUUGGUUCUGUUUGAAUGUAUUUGACGUUUACGUGUCAGCCUUGUUUUCUUCAGCGUCCUGCAUAUUUGUGUUAAACUCAGAUUCGCAUUAUUUCAGUAUCAGCUGUUAACAAUGUUUUUCUUCCCUGCCCCUUUUAUUUUAUUUUUUAUUUUGCCAUGGGAAAUAAUAAUGGGGAAAAAAAGGACACCUCUGCAGCCAGGUAUCAGAUCAUUUAUUCACAGCCCUGUUUAUAAUUAUUCAUUUUAGAGGUCAUCUUGCCGACACUUCUGCCAUGUGUUGGUUGAAUAAACACACAGGAAGAAUGAUGAAUGACAUGUAGUUUUUUAAUCCGGCUCACAUAUUUAAGAUUUUAAGGUUAUUUUACGCUUUGAAAUAAUUUAUCUUAUUGGCCAGAGAUUUGAUUUUGGGAGUCUUUGCAAAUUAGAUUAAUUUUCUAAGAUUGUUGUCACUGUGCAUAAUUUGGUUUAUUAUGACUAUUUUGUAAUAUUAAAGAUUUGAAAAUA